AUGAGCGGUCUAUCAAGUCCUACUUCUCAACGAAAGCAAAGUAAUGCUUCAGGUCACAGUGUUGACCUAUCCGAACAAUCACCUAAAGGUUCUAAACGGGAUUACGAAGAAGAUGAUGAAGGAGAUGAUAGUGAAAUUGAAACUGGAAAAAGUGAAAAAAGAGCUGGUCGACGUAAAAUAAAAAUUGAAUAUAUCGAUGAUAAAAGCAGACGUCAUAUUACCUUUAGUAAACGAAAAGCAGGAAUAAUGAAAAAGGCGUACGAACUUAGUACUUUGACAGGCACUCAAGUUCUACUUUUGGUGGUAUCAGAAACCGGUCUUGUAUACACCUUUACAACCCCAAAACUUCAACCGCUCGUUACCAAACCAGAAGGAAAGAAUUUGAUUCAAGCUUGUUUGAAUGCUCCUGAUGCACCAUCAGCUCAAGAUCCAACUUCUACGCAACGAUCUGCACAAAACACCUCUGUAUACGGAAAUGAUCAAUCAGUUUCCGUAGAUAAUAACAGCAAUGAUGUUGAUUAUGACCGGAAGCCACAAGCUACUGGUCAAAUGCCACAAACUCAACAACAAUCUUAUACGCCGGCUGCUCUUGGUCUACAAUAUAGCCAGUAUGGUGGAUUAUCAAAUAACAUGGCCCUUGGUGCUACUGGAGGAAUCGCUCCUCCAUAUAUGAAUACAGCUAACAGUUAUCCUCAAUAUAAUCAACAGCAUUUGGCUCAAUAUGCUCAAAAUAAUUACAUGCAAUCUGCUGCCUAUUGGAACCAAACAGCCGGAGGAAACAACGCUGCAAGUGGCAAGGUGCAGUAUCCUACUCAAUCAUCUGAAAAGAAAUAA